AGACGACCCACGUUCAGUCGCCGCAAGGACGGUGUGCCAAUUUUCCCUUUGGAAACCAGUAAUUGCACUGCUAUUAUUCAUGAUCGUCCAUGUCCAAAAGUUAACGUUCCGACAAGAGAUCAGUUUUCACACGCGUGAAGUAAAACAUUUUUUGGUUCACGCCAAGCAGCAGGCUUUUCAUUGCGCGGAUCCACCUACAUCAUCUUGGUUGCGAGGUUCUACUUGAGAAGAUCAUGCCGCGACAGGUCCUGUUCAGUUUUGCUCCUUAGGGUUGCAGUGUAAAGGAAGUUCUCCGCCUGAAUCGAUGGCGAUGGCGCGUCAAGAGGCGGCGGACGACGGGCGGGCGCUACCGGUGAACACGCCAAAGUUCUGGGGGGACGAGCGCGCGAGGCUGGUGGAGUGCAUCGAUUCCGGGUGGAUAUCGUCGGAGGGUCCGUUCGUCAAGGAGUUUGAAACCGCGUUCGCGAGGCAGUGCGACCGCAAGUACGGAGUGGCGGUGGCCAACGGAACCGCCGCUUUGGACAUCGUAAUGCAGGUGCUGCAGGUCGGCCCGGGGGACGAAGUCAUUCUGCCCACGCUGACCAUCAUCAGCUGCAUUCAGCAGGUGGUCAAGUCCGGCGCGACACCCGUUUUGGUGGACUGCGAGGCGGGGGGCUACAAUUUCGACCUGGCCGCUGUGCGGGACCGCAUCACGGCAAAAACGAAGGCGGUGCUCGCCGUGCAUGUGUACGAGUACCCCGUGGACAUGGUCCGCCUGCUAGCGCUGGUGCAGGAGAAGGAGCGAGAAUUGCGGGGCGGAAACAAGAUCUACGUGGUGGAGGACUCCGCGGAACUGAUCGGGGGCCAGUUCCAGGGCCGGCCGUGUGGGAGCUUCGGCGACUUUUCCACGGUGAGCUUUUACCCCAACAAGCACAUCACGACCGGGGAGGGCGGGAUGGUGUUGUGCGACGAGCUGGAGUUGUGUGAGGCCGCGAGAAAGGUCCGGAACCUCUGCUUCGAUCCAGACAAACCUAGGUUUGUGCACGCGGACCUGGGGUUCAACUAUCGCAUGACCAGCCUCCAGGCGGCGCUGGGGCUGGCGCAGCUUCCCCAUUUGGCACAAGCGAUCGAGCGAAAGCGGGAGAUCGGGCGUCUGUACAACAAAUUCUUCCAGAACGAGAUGAAAGAAGUGCUGCCGUAUGUGCGAAUACCAAGCGAAACGGAUCAAUUUGGUUCCGAAAACAUCUUUUGGGUUUACAUGAUUGAGGUAUAGUGCUGCUUACUACCUUGUUCCUAAGCUGCUUUUCUGAACAUGGAAGGUGUUUGGUGAAGGGAAUAUUGACCAAUAGCAAGUUCUUGCAUCUCUUUCAGGCUGCAACUCGCGAUUUAGAUAGAAUCGGUGUGAGAAUUCCUGUUGGGCAAUCACGAUCACAGACGACCCCUUGGCUGGCCACAAAAUUAUUAUUUUUUGUUUUUGAAUUUGAAGCGAAGCACUUCUUUGCCAUCAGAUAACCCACCCGACUCUGACGGCGGCUGCGUUGAUGGCUUUACUGGGCAAAGCGAAGGUCGGGACGCGCCCUUGCUUUUUCCCGCUGCAUCGGCAGCCGGUGUUUAUCGGUGACGAUCCGAAGAGCCGCUACCACCAGCCGCAUUUUGUGGGUGCCCGGUUUCCUCACGCGGAGCGUUUGGCCGAGAAAUCGUUCUACCUGCCCAGCGGUCUCGCGCUCACAGACGAGGACGUGCGAAUUGCCUGUCUAAGAUUUCGAGAUGUGCUGCUGCAAGCAGUAGCGGAAACAUGA